AAGUUUCUCUGCCCUGUGUUCACUCCUGAAAAACAGAGAAACUAUUUUAUCUGCUAGCUCUAACAGAAAAAACAGAAGCACUGUUCUAGUUUAAUCUACCCAGUUCACACACACAAUCUGUUGAUUUAUAGUGUGUGUGGGGGGAGAGAGAUGAGAGAGAGGGGGAGAGAGAGAGAAAUGAGACCUAAACAAAUGAUUGGUGUUUUUGUUGUAGCUUCGAUGAUCUUCUUGUUAGUUUACACACAAAAAAGAAAUCAAGGUAGUGCUGGCUCAACAUCAGAGAUCAAUCAAAGGGCUUUUAUGAAAUUGCAUGAUGACCCACAUGAUGUGGUUUGGAUAGUUCAAUUCUCUGAUCUUCAUUUUAGUGUUCAUCAUCCUGAUAGAGCUCUUGAUUUCAAGAAUUUGGUGCCCCCCACUUUGGCUAUGAUCGAACCUUCUCUUGUCUUAAUUACUGGGGAUCUUACAGAGGGAAUGUAGAUAUCUUCUAGUUUGUGGUCAUUGUGUAAUUUUGCUGAUGAAGGAUUGGAGGGAGAGAGAAAUGGAGAGGAUGUGAAGAGGACGAACAAUGGAAGCUGGCGAGGAAAGAGACAUUAACCGGCAGAAGACUAAUAAUGUAGCCAUCAGCGGCUGAAGACGUUUAAUAUAUUUCACCGAUAAUCCAAUAUAUGGGAAAAGCAAAGACCUGUUGACGAUGAAGCAAGACGAAGAGGAUGGAAUACGAUCAGAUGGGAAAAGCAAAGACCUGUUGACGAUGAAACAAGACAAAGAGGAGUGGAUGGAAUACGAUCAGGUAAUGGAACAUGUUGUUGAAAAAAGUGGACUUGACAAAAGUAUCUUCUAUGACCUUAGGGGGAAUCACGAUAAUUUUGGUGUACCAGCUGUUGGUGGCCCAUUGGACUAUUUCUCAAAUUAUAGCCUUAAUGGGAAACAAGGAAGAAACGGCCUUGUCAAUAGUGUCACCAUUCAGACUGGCAAGCGAAGACUUCUUUUUGUUGGGUUUGACAGCACAAUGUCUUUGGGGUUACGAGGCCCAACUAAUCUUUUUGGACAUCCAACUGAUAAGCUUUUAAGUGAUAUUAGUUUUGAACUCUCACAAUGGGAUUCACAGUCGUCUCUACCUGUAACAAAAAUUUCUUUUGGGCAUUUUCCAAUCUCAUUUUCAGCAUCCUCAUAUUCUGGGAAGACGCUGAAGAAUACAUUACUCAACCAUUCUCUGUCAGCUUACUUGUGUGGGCAUCUACAUACCAGGUUUGGCAAGAAUUUGAAGCGGCACCAUGUGUCAAAUCAUCGUUUGUUAUCUCAAGAGUAUAUGCAGUUGAAUCCUCAUGAAAUACUUUCAGAAAUAGUAAAAAAUUGCUCAACUGAAGCAGCUACACCAACCAAGGAAUUUUGGGAGUGGGAAAUGGGUGACUGGAGGAAGAGUAGAGCUAUGCGCAUACUGGCCAUAGAUAGAGGUGACGUGUCAUUUGUUGAUACAGACAUUAAGUCGGAAGCUAAAACAACAAUCAUAUUAGUCACAUAUCCAUUGGACUCGCGCUUUAUGUCAACAAUAUUGUCGGCUCGCAAGUACAUCUGUCAAGAAGUGGACUCAACAUCUUACGGGACCAUCAGAGCCCUGGUUUUUUCAUCAUCGCCGAUUGUAUCAGUUGUUGCCAGGAUCUUUGACUCAAGUUUAGGAUAUCUUGUCAUCAUGGAGGAAUUUAUGCAGAAAAAAGAGAAUGAGUCUGCAUCAUCAAGGGAAGUAUUGUAUGAUGUUCCCUGGAACUUUAAAGCUUUUGAGGAUCCAUCGCCUGACAGAUAUUGGUUGCAGAUUGAGGCAAUUGACAUUAAGGACCAAUCAACUGUGACUGAACUAAGGCCGUUUUCAGUUCAUGGGCUUGUUGCUAAAGUUUCGUGGACAUGGAAAGAGUUUCUAGUCAUGGGUUGUCAGUGGGCUGCCUUAUAUUUUCCGAUUUUCUGGAUAUUUUAUAUAUUUAUGUUUUCUGUGCUUUUGAUUCCGAGAUCCAUAAUCAUCUUCUCAAAGACGCAGUGGAGUUACAAAAAUUUCAUUGCAAAUAAAAACUUCACAACUUUUAUAGUGUGGGUUUCUAGUGAGUUAUACAAAAUUCCUAAAGUAUGGUUUUUGGUUGUAGCUUACUUAUGCUAUCUUGUAUUAUGUCCUUGGCUUAUCGGACAAGUUUUGACUGAUGGUGAAAAGGGAUACAUGACCUACAAAGGUUGGGUGCUAAAUAUCAACAGUAUCAGAAACUUGGACUUUCUUGGUUAUCCAGAUAUAAUGGUGAUCGUUUUUCCGCAUCUUUUCUUUGUGGUUUUGCCUGCAGUUUUGGUAAUUAUGGCCUUAGCUGCUGAACGGGCAAUGUAUCAGGACUUUCUUCUUUCACUAUCAGGAAAGAAAAAAGAUGAUUACAACAAAAGAUCAGCUUUAUCUAACCAUGACAGAAAUAACAGCCUAAAACUCUACCUCCAAAAACGAUGGUUCAGGAUUAUCCUUUUUGUGGUUUCCUUGGCAAUUUGUUUGAAGCAUUACCAGAACUGCAGGGCUCUUGUGAAAGCGUAUGAGAUGAAUCCGUUGGCUCAUUUUUCACUAUAUUGCUUGUCGAUACCAUUAUUGCUGGCUUAUGUUGUCUACAAAACUGGGAAGGCCUAAAGAGCACAGAUGUCAGUAAGUUUAAAUUACAUGGAAUCUGAAGCACAGGAGUUCUUAUUGAUUCACACACCGCUUAAGCAAUGAGUAUUGAUUUUCAACCCUAGAAAGUUCUAAGGAUAGCGCUCGUGCUUUUACUGUUAUUGGACUUGCUACCUAUUAGCUUUGAAUAAUACAAUUCUUGCUAGAAGUUACCACAUUUCUUAACUACUUCAAGGAUCUGAGGCGGACCAUUCGUAUAAUCUGCAAAACUUUGGAGUAGUGGUGAAAGAGAGGGAGUAUAUGUGGAUGGGUCACACUUAUAUUACAGCAUGUAGUAAACACUUUGUAGUGACCUACCACGUCAUGUAUUAAGUGUAACAUUAGUUAUUGACUUCGGCUAUAGCAUCCAUCAUUUUUCGGCAUCAUGAUGCAUAAGCAAGAUUAAAGGCCUGCUUAGAGACUACUAAAAAUAGGUCUAUAGCCAUGUAUUCGCAUCAUUAUUGUCUCUGGAUUUUAGAUUCCACAUUUGCUUCUUGUAUGCUGGAUCAUGAUCCUGCAGAGCUACUACUCCUUGUUUAUUUGAAGUAGAUUGCUGAUUACAAUUUACAACAUAGUCAAAUUCAUGCUA